UCAGACACUGAUCCACACAUGACACAGAACAGACAGAAGACAGGAAGACAGGGACAGAAAAGAACGUCCUCUCUGAAGGAUCACUACACUAGUGUUUUCAUCUGAACCUGAGACAGGAAAGGAGCAACCGACAGUCCUUCUUAGGUCUUGAGGAGACAUGGCCAUACCCCGGAUGUUCAACUCCAACACACCGUUUGUCAUCGUCACCGGGGGAACUGAACUGUCAUUCCUUGGUAAAGAUGACAGUCAGGGGUGUGAGGAGGAGAAGGACUCCCUGGCCCAAGCCAUCGCCCCACAUCUGAGCCGGGUGAUGCAGCACGGCACCGCCAAACAUGUGGGCACUGUGGGGCCCGAUGCACCAGGGGACAAUCCUCCUGUGUCUAUAGUGGCACAGGCUGAGAGAGAAGACUUCCAGGAGUUCAGCCCUAGCAACACACAGUGUCCAUAUUCAAGGUCCCAGAUUCUCAGAAAGAACAGGUCUUUAAUCCAGGAGACUGUCCUGCAAAGUGACACAGACGAUGAGGACAUGACCGUUGGACUCCCACACCAUCACCUCCAGAGAAAACAACGUCGAAAAACCAGGAGGAGACCAAGCAAAGAGGAAGGAGAACACCGUCCCAUCAUCCAGGGGCUGUGGGUCCAGGAAAUAGACUGGCUGAGAUCAGCAAGCAGAGACAUGACAUUAUCUGAUAGAAUCAUACCACCUCCUCCACAGUUUACUGACUCAGUCUCACCUCCUUACAUCCAAAGACGGAGUAUGAAGGAGGAUCCAGAUGUGUGUAACUGUGUCAGCGCAUCAGAGGCUGUAUCCCCAUCUGAGGACCAAUACACAGUAACAGAUCCACAUGACACAUCCAGCAGUGUUAACGUAGGUGACUCAGAUUCUGAUUGUGGCUUGGAGCAGGACUCUGAAUCCAUUUGCAAUCCUGAAAGUGACUCAGACUCAUCCUGCUGUGUAGAGGAUUGUACACAAACACUACAUAAAUUUGGAGCAGGAGCGACCACAGAUUCGACCUUUGACCUGAUGGGAGUGUCAGGCUUCAGCUCUGAGCUCCACUCCAGCUGCUGGGGUGUGUCCGACCCCUCCGAUAGCAUCCCCGGGGCCCCUGGGUGUGCACAAAGCCUGCUAGGAACCUCUACCUCCACCCACUCUCCCAGCACCUUGAAUGCAUCUCAGUGUGACAGUGGCCGUGGUGAUUUGAGUGAUAUUGACACUGUUGUGGACGGACUAAGAGGAAGAGUGACACACAUGCCAAAGCUCUUUGGCUCACCUUUCUUCAAAGAUUUAAUGAGACGGCCUCUCAGCACAAAACCUAUCAGUGAAGGAUUAAUAUUUCAUAAUCGGCUCCAGCCUACCAGCUCUCAGUACAGGGAGGGACAGGAAUACUGCAUUCUUCAUCACAUCCAGAACGGCUCAUAUGGUGAUGUGUUCUGUAUUCAGGACAAAAGGACAGGAUUUGAAUGUGCGGCCAAGAGGAUUCCACUGAGUCAUUUCAGCUGUGAGGAGGUGAGCACGUGGAGCGCUCAGGACUCUCCUCGUGUUGUGGAGCUCUUUGGGGCUGUGAGGGAGGGGCCAAAUGUUAUGCUCUUUAUGGACUUGAAACCAGCCUGUUUGGCUCAACUCCUUAAAGAGAUGAACACUCUACCUGAAGACCUGGCCCUGCAUUACCUUCAUCAGACACUAGGGGCGCUGGAACACCUGCAUAAUAGAAAGGUGCUUCACUUAGAUGUCAAAGUUGACAAUGUGCUGCUGUCUGCAGACUGCACAGACACAUUCCUCUGUGACUUUGGUCUCUCAGAGACAUUAGAUGACAAUGGAUGGAGCACCAAGGCAUUCAGGGGGUCUGCGUUCCCUGGCACAGAGACCCACAUGGCACCUGAGGUGGCCCAAGGAGACCAGCUCUGUGCAAAAGUGGAUGUGUGGAGCAGCUGCUGUAUGCUACUGCACAUGCUCAAUGGCUGCCAACCCUGGAUACGCUACUAUUCUCAUCCACUGUGCCUGCAGAUCGUCAAUGAGCCUCCGCCUCUGUGGGAGGUGCCGUCCAACUGCAACAACUUCACUGCCAAGGUGUUCAGGGCCGGUCUUCAGAAGGACCCCGACAGACGAGCAUCAGCAAAGGAGCUUAGGAGGAAAACUACCAAGGCCCUCAGAGCAGUGGGAGGUCUGAGUCCCUGGUCUAUCAAAAGUGCUUGUGAAAAACUGUGCAAUCUUAAGAACCAUAAUGAAGACACCCCCAGCUCCUUGUCACCUGAGAUCCCCUUCACUCAGAGUAAACCGCCAGCUGCCGUCCCAGCACCAACAAUGUACUGGGUGAGCCCCUGGAGAACUAUGGCAGUGGAUGAGGACAACCAGGACUCUGAAUGGGCCUCAGGAUCAGACCAAGACUCUUAUGUGGAAACAGACUCCCUCACAAGGGAAUGGGAAUGUCAGCCAAAAUCUCUCCAUGAUGAUAAUGAAAAACACUGGGAUACAGGAUCUGACUCAGAUGUAGAUAUUUAUAUGGGUGAGGAGGAAUUCAUUCAGGAAAAGUGGCUGAAGAAUGACAGAGACUAUGAAGGUGACUGGGAAGAGGAUGAGGAUAUAGAGGAAGAGGAGGAAGGGGAAGAAUGGGAGUCAUCUGUGUCAAAUACAGGGUAUUUCCAUGCUCUCAAAGAUUUUUUCCCUGUGCUGCAAAAAGGCCAACACACAUGUGACGACUCAUGGGGAUCAGAGGCAGAGCUGGAAUACCUCAGAGAUGAUAUAGGUGUAGGCAAUGUAAUCCAGACCCCCUCUCCUGAACCAAGAGAUGACCCUCCAUCCUGCUUCAGCUGCUCAGAGUCAUCACAGAUAGAUGCUUCAGAGAAGGACUCAGACCAUUCAUCUGAUGACCUCAGUUCUGGGGUCUUUUCCUCCUGCAACAGUCAGGCAGACGUACACUUGGAGUGGAUGGCUUCGCCGACUCAGCCCUCGUCACACUGCUUUGAAGGUGUUGACAUUUGGAUUGAGAAUAUCCAAGGACAGUGUCUGAGGAUUCGUGAACAUCGGGAAGUCAAAGUGGGCCAUGUUGCUAUAGGAAUAAGUGAUCAGAUUUCCGGCAAGGCCUUCACUUUGGAGACUCUGGACAGGAAGAUGGUAUCAUUUGAACAUGAAAUCAAAGAAUCCUGUCUGUGGCUACGAUGUGUUCCUGCUCCUGACAGAUGUCAACGCUGGACGUGGAGGGUCAGGGACGGCAAACUAGAACUUCGAGAAUGAGACAUUUUAGUAAUUAUCUGUUGUUUGCACUAUUCUGGUUCAAUCAAAGCCCACUGGAUGGUAAAUGUAUUGUAGACAUAGUAUUGUUGACACGGUAGAUAUAUUAUAAUUUGGAUGGUCAAUGUUUUUAAUAGAAAUGUUUGAUUUCUAGGGUAAAUUCAUGUUAUUUUGUAAUAAACUAUGCUAUACUUUUUCCAAUGACUUUUGUGUAUUACAAUCCCUCUUAAUAUGCAUAUCAUAAACAAAAAAAGUUUCAUUUUAUAUUUUAGCAAAUAAAUAUGAUCCACUUUCUUGGGCUUUUGUAAGUGUAAAGACACAUUCGGGACCAACAUAACCAUCUACUCCCCAGCUAAUCCUCUUGUGCCAUAUAUUGUGGACUAUAGGACUAGCUUGUAAAGAUUUACAGCAUUUGUAAAGAGAUGUGAGGAAAGUACAUGUGACUGUAUCACGCAGGAAACCGUAGCCUAGUUAAGACCCACUAUAUC